AUGAGAUUCUUGCUGGUGUUGGCAGUCCUGCCCAUCGUGAAUUCUUAUCAGUGCAGGGUUGGAGAUAGAAAAGCUUGCAGACAUGGAGUGUGCGUGAAGAACGACCACCCGAGCUUCCAAAGUGAUUUUUUCAACCAAUGUGAGUGUGACUUCUGCUGGCAAGGAGCAAGCAGCUGCGACUUCAACUACUGCCUCUUCUUUGGCAUUCCGCUUUCGCUCUUUUGCUGUUUCGUGUGCUGCGCUUGUUUCUGUCAAUUUUUGACAGCAUUAACGGGAGGAGCCGCGGCAGGCGUCGGAGCUGUUGGUGCGGGAGCUCCGCUCGCAGCUGGUGCUGGCGUCUUGGCAGCUGGAAUGAUGCAGAUGUCCAGCCAAGGAGGGGCCAGAACGCCCACCUGCACUGCUCAACCUGUUCCAAAGCAAGCAGCGCAGCCCUCGAUAUACCAGCAGCCUGCGGCAUUUCAACAACCACCUGUGCCAGCAACAGCCGCACCAGCCGCACCAGCCGCGCCACCUCCGCAGCGAGUUGACCCCUAUGCUGGAGCAUCGGCGCCACAGCAGGCUCCGAGGACCUUCCUGGUGCAAUGCCCCAAAGGUGCCACACCCGGCACCCUGGUGGAAGUCACAACGCCCGAGGGCUUUAGCGUCCAGGUCAGCAUCCCGAUGAACGUCGCACCAGGUGGGCAUGUUGUGGCCUUUGCCACCACUUCCUGCGUCCUCGCCAGCAUGUCGAAGAACGCCUUGGGGCUUUGUUUUAUGGGUUGCUUGGAAGAACAAGUGGUGAUCCCAGAUCCUGACACAGUGAAGAAUUCCUUCGAACUGCGUUUGGAAGUGAGUGCGCAAGCUCCGAUGGACCGAAAUGACAGUCGUUGUGUCGAGCGAAGUGUGGAAACCGUGUUUGGAUAUAGUAGCAACUAUGUUUCCUUGCAUCGACAGGGUGUAGUCACUGCAGAAGGCGAAUGCCAAGUCCCUGCCAUUGACGAGAUUUUGUACUGCAUCAACGGCCUCAACCCGGCGCCCACGUUGCAUAUCACCUCAGUGGUCGCCACGAGCUUCCCUGCCAUGGUGCAGCUGAAGGCGCAGAUCAAACCCAGCAGAGAUUGGGGCCGGAGGAAUUUCACCUUGAAUUAUGGGGGCCAAUAUGGUCGCACAGCUUUUCACAUCUUCACCAUCCCAGAAAAUCCAUAUUAUGAUAUAUGGCGCUUGCGUAUGGUGGCGCGACAUCAGAAUCUGACUUCAGAGCCGCCUACGUCACGCAUUUUCAUUUUUCCGGAGUCCUCGCCGUGCAUUUCACAGAUCGCGGAGGAUGGUGGGUGUGUGGACCCUGUUCUCACUGAGACGUGCUUGAAGUCGGUCCCCGUGUCUUUCAGACAACCAGAUCCGACUGAAAAUCUGAAGGUUGCGAUGCAUAUGAGCUUCAAAACGAAAAUGACCAUUAGUCUAAGUCGGGGUUCCAUCCCAUAUCUUCGACCUGGAAAUUGGAUGGUCUUUGUGACCUGCGGAGACCUGAACUCCAGGUGUCCAGCGACAGAACUGAGUGUGGAGUCCUACCCGGAGUUCAACCUCCGUUGGAAGUUGCUCAGUGGUGUGGCGAUUGUUAUCCUGGGCACCAUGAUGGUCCUCUUCUCGGUGAAUGCCAUCUAUGCCAUGGCAUACACCAUCCUCUACCGCUGCAGCCCGGAGGGGACCCAACAGAAGGGUUCCCAUGAGAGGAGUUUGUGGCCGGUGCUCAUUGGAUUGUGUAGUAAAGAUCAUGCACUGAUGUUACGGAUGAAAGCGAAGAAAAUCAGCAGACCGGUGCCUUUCUUUCCAGCGCUGCUCAGUUUGAUGCUGGGCGUUUUUCUGGCUACCACUGCCCAGUUUGUCAUCACCCACUACGGUUUGAUGAUUCGCACUGGAAAUCGUGACAUUUGUUUCUACAAUGAGAGUUGUUACUAUCCCGGGAAGGUUUGGGACUUACCCUGGAACCAUAUUGCCUCCAACCUGGCAUACUUUGUAGCUGCCCUGCACAUCAUUUUCCAAGCGUUUUUUGCGGAGACCCGGUGUUAUUUCUUCUCCCGGAAGUGCAUCGUGGCCUUGUACAAAACCAUGGAUUUCCAACAGAAAGGCUAUUUGGAUCGCAGCGAUUGGAGAAGACUCUUUCGGAAGGCGGAUCGAAACCGUAGCGGCAAAGUGUCACGGAGUGAAUGGAAGGAAACGUACUCAAAUCCAAUUGGAUUUGACUUCAUCGAUACCAACCAUGAUGGCUUUCUGGAGAGUGCUGAAUGGGAUGAUGCGUUCACCCGCUUGGACCAGAACCAGAAUGGUCAAAUUUGCGAGCUCGACAUGCUCAACGUUCUAAAAGACAUCGAUCUCAGGGCAUUUUAUGCCAUCGGCGUCGCUUUUCUUGGUGAGGGCAUUGGCAGUAUGUGUUAUCACCUGUGCCCCUCGGUGGAGACAUUUCAGUUCGAUACGUGCUUCAUGAUUCCCAUUGCUAAUUUAUUUACCUUGGCACUGGUGGAUUGGGGUCAAGGCCAAGGAGGUUCCGAUGAAAUCACCGCGCUGAAAUACUUCGUCUACAUUUUGACGCCCAUUUGGCUCAUCAAUUUCAUUGGCACCUGGUAUGACAUUGGGGUCUUCCCAUUGGGAUGGCUGUACUGGCUGUAUGCCUUUUUCGUCAUUGCGUGGGCACUUUGUGUUGUGGUGGCAGGUUUGAGGCGUGUUGUUCAGGUCCCAGGCGAUUGCGCACUGCGGGCCAUGAGAGCCAUACAGUUGUUGCUAGUGAUAUCUAUCGGAGCAUCUUUUCUGAUGCCACCGGUACGCAACAAUGUCUUCAGUGGUACUGCGAACCUCUUCCUGAUGCUCUCUGUGGUAGUGAUGAUCUUUGUCGUGAGCCGGCAGCUCUACAUGGAAGAUUUCAUCUUCAUGAAAUGCACCUGUCGAGACGUUGGGGGUCGCAUUAUCAAAAACAGUUAUGGUUUUUUCCUUUGUGCCAUAGCUGUCCUGGCCAUCAUUUGCUUCGGAAAGAAGGUGGUGAUCGUUGAGCCCGGCAUCACCCCGGCGCAGAGUCAUGACGUGAACCAGGGAUGCGUUUUCGACAUCUUCGACCUCCACGAUGUGUGGCACGUGUUGUCCGCUGUGGCCUUGGCACUCUUCGCUAUGCUGUUGCUGGAUGUGCGGGUGAACUCAUGGGCUCGAAAGAGGGGCCUUCAAAUCUUGUUCGAAGAGAUGCCAGUUGACAUGUCCGACAGCGAUGGUGAUGAGGCCCUUGUGAGCUCCGAUACCUGCGACAUGCCUCACCGGGUGCUGCAGGCGAUUGGCCAAUGGCACAAGGCCGCACGAGGCCAUGAGGAACUUGGCUGGUUGGAAAAAGAUGGAAAAAGCGCCAAAAGCUCCGGUUCAAUCGAUGUGAUGUUGAAAGUGAGGAUGCGUUUGAUGAAGAUGAAGGACCCGCAGAGUGGAUCUGCCCGACAUCCCUUGGAGUCGACGGCCAGUGAGGGAAUGGUGUGGCGGUGGAUGCCAUAUUCACCGGGUGGCCCACCCCUACAGUCUCCAGGAGAGUUUUCGGUGCCUGUGGACCAAGGUGAAGUGGAUGCUAUCCUGGAAGCAGCGGAGAAUGGACGAGCAGUGCCUGUGUUCACCCAGACGCCCAAGGUAGCCAGCGCGGUCAGUGCCCCUACGUUCCUGAAGAUGAAGGAACAAGGGAAUUCACUUUUCAAGGCUGGUGAGUUCAUGAAGGCGGUUUCUGCCUACAACGCUGCGCUGCGUGAAGAUGGUGUGCCUCCUGCCGAUGCGGCGGUGGUGCACAGCAAUGCUGCACAGGCCUUGCUAAAGACAGCGGAGGCCGAUCCCAGCGUUUGCAAACCCUUGGCUGCUGAAGCGCUGAAGAGGGCCAAUGAGGCAGUGGGUUUGGAUCCGACCAACGUGAAGGCCUACGCUCGUUGCGCAGCAGCAUGUGACUUGCUGGAGGAGCAUGAGGCAGCUGCAGAGUUUCGCCAGCACCAAGCACGAUGCCAGGCUGCUGCGGAGGCCACUCAACAAGCCCGCCGUGCCGAAGCAGAGCAGCGGCGGCAGCAGCAGGAAGAGCAGCGGAAAAAGAUGGCCGCGGCCAUGGAGGAGAAAGCGCGUUGCGAUGCUUUGUUGGAGCGUGAGCGUGAGUUGGAACGUCGGCGGGCCAAGGAGGAUGCUGGGGACCUCGGGCAGGCAGAAGCUGCGCGUCUCUCCUCCAUGCUGGGCAUGGACAGCACCCUUGCGGGAAUGCCCGCACGCGGCGUGGGAGGAAACUGA